UCAGGUGCUCCAAUCCACUCAGAUCCGGCACAGAGGAGGUGCAAGACAGCAGCAGGACAAACUGAAUACAGAGUGCACCGUUGGACAGACACAGACACUCCCGACCACAAGGAAAUAGAUAGAUAGAGGAAAGGAGAGAGCGCGCGGAAGAGAGAGAGAAAGAGAAAGAGCUCUCUUACAGUUCAGCUUUGUUCUGUUUUGGUCAUUAGGGCUUGAACCUGUGUCUCUCUCUGAUCUUCCUUAAAACCAGUUUGCUUUCUUCUCCUGGGCUAAGAAGUGUGACUACAAGCCUUGUGCCUUUAAACCACCACCUCUCUCUCUCUCUCUCUCUCUCUUUCUCUCUCUCUCUCUCUGUCUGUCUCUCUUUCUCUCCUGCGUGGAGCGUUCAGGAUGUUUAAAAGAAGCAAGAGCGAAGUUUUGGUGGAUGAUGAAACGUCUGAAGGAGAGGUGGACGCGCCCUGGCACCGGGAAAGCGCGCACAAGGAUAAAGAAGCAGAGGGAACAGAGGAAGUGUUGGGCCCCUCAACCAAGGACUCCAAGAUCAAGAAGGUAAAACCUAAGAAGGACAAAGGAGACAAGAAGCUGUUUCCUUCACAAGAUGACGAGCACUUCCUGCUUACAGGGGUCACGGUCUCACACAAAAAAGGGUCUGCUAAGAAGAACCUGGAGGAGGAGAAGGAGAAAGAGAAGGAGAAGGGUAAAGCUCACUCUGAGAAAGAACGUGUGGGCCUUUGGGACAGCAUCACCAUGACCAUGCGUCAGAUCACUCCGAACCGGAAGAUGGACAGGAUGGAGGGAUGGGAGCCACCACAGCUGGGCGAGGAAGCUGAGGGGAAGAGAAGCGAGGGGGAGGGGAAGAAGAUUGACUCCCCGCUCUCUACAGGGCUGUCGCUCUCUCUGCCUGGCUCUCUGACCCUGCCGUCCUGGACGGGCAUCGGCUCGGAAGAAGACUCUUCACGUUACGCCAGUCUGAGUGAACCCCAAGCCACAGGACCCUCGCAGUGGGCUGCACGUGCUCGAGACAAACUGGCAGCUGUGCGACGCCGCAGCCCCGGGAGCCAAUCAGAGAGUGCGUGGGAGGGGCUUAAAUGAGAAAUCCAGCUUCCUCACAGACCUCAUAUAAACACCAAACACACAAGCGCAUGGAAACGUAACUCAGAUCGGAUAGCAUGCACAGAAGCAAAAAAGAAAAACAUGGUAGGACGUGCCCCUGUUGUGUGUACUUGAUGAUUUGGUGGGUUUUUUGUAGGUCUUAAAACUACACAGGACCUAUGGCUUUUUUUUUUUAAAAAAAAAAGCAGAAAUGGCCAUAUUUUGUUGUUGCUAAGCCUAAAACAAUGAUUAAUCAGUUUCCCUUGAAGGACACACUGAGCUAACGGACACACUUCACCAUAUCUGCUGCCUUUUAUUGCGCAAGACCUUGGCACUGAAAUGCUUACUAACAUUAGACCAAACCGUUUCGUAUUUAAUCCUAAUAAUGAAUUGAAGUCAGCCUUAAAUCUUUAAUUGUUUGACCGCUUUUGCUCAAAUCCACAGACAGGGGGCGACGUAAGAGACUACUGUGCCUUAUAGAGCUCUAAACCAAUCGGGAUGUUCAGAUUUAGUACCGAUUAAACGGAGAAUGUGACGGAAAUCUUUUAAAAACAAAACAAUGCCUUACACCACCUGACUGUGAGCACCAUGCAGUACUGUACCUACAUUAACGCCUUUGUCUUAUUAACCGUCACAGGAAACGAGCGUCAUUCACAACACACCUUCAUGCUGUGGGUACAAUCCCCCAACUCAGGUGUUCAGAGCAGUUGAUUCAAGGCGGUGCAGAUGCAGGCCUGCUCAUCUUAUUUAUUUCUUUUUUUUCUUCGGGACUGAAAAUGAUGUAGGUCUUUUAAACCCCCUGAUAUUAAUCAAUCCCUUUUUUGUUUUGUCAUUGCUUUGACCAAACGAAUGGAUUUUGCCGCAGCUUCUUUAAAAACUUCUGUAAAGUCUCGUUUGUCAUGACUUUUUAUGAUGGCUGUAGUCUUCGUGCACGAGAAUCAAAGAGCGAUUUGCUGAAUGCGUUGUGAUGUGAUGUGAUUGUACACAUGACACGUUUCGGUCCAAAUCUGCACUGAAACUGAUGUCACUCCACUGAAUAUUUUGCGGAGUAUAAAAUUGUGAAACUAAACCCUGGAGGGAUCGAUUAAUUGACCCCAGUGGAAGCCCCGCCUCUUUUCCUAUGUUAAAUUUAGUAACGAUGACUAGAUUAUUAUUUUUUUUUUUUUUUUUUUGCUGAAACAAUGAGCCGACGAGUUUGACAUCACGUUUAAAUGAAAAUUGUUACCGCUAAAUCAAAUCUAUCUGUCGAUGCACGUUUGGCUUGGCUAUAAAAGACACCUUCUAGACGUGUGUAGAGAGAUACAGAACAAUUUCAGCUAAAAAUGCUUGUUUUUAUCAGCCGAAAGAAGAAGAAAAAAACGCUGAACCGUUGUACAAACCAUCGUCAGUGCUUACGAUAAUCAGAAUGUGAGUAAAACACUGUUCUCCUGCGGCACAGACGUGUUCAAACGUGUGCUCAAGCCCCAGUGACUAUGGGCUCUGGAGUGCUCAUACUCGUGUGUGUGUGUGUGUGUGUGUGUGUGUGUGUGUAUAUAUACAGGGUUUUACACAUGACCCAUCAUGUGGAGGAAAAGUUUCCUGUCUGUCUGUUUUAGUUAAGAUGAUCGGACUAGAAAGGUUUACAUUCUGUAAUGUCUAGUCCACAUUACGGUUAUGAUGAAACCCUGCCUCAAGUCAUUACCCAUGAGGCUGUGCACUUUUCCUCUUCAAGGUUGGCACGUCUGCAGGUAAACCUCGACCCUAAAGGCGUUUGUCGAGUGUUCUCACAAGGUACACUUUGUCACUGCCUAACGAAAGCUCUACUGCUGUAAGAAAUCCGUUCCCUUCCUCCUCUUGAGCCUUAAAAAAAAAAAAAAAAUGAGCGAAUGAACGAACGAAACUACUGAACUGCUACUGAUGCUGCAUUUUCUUCUACGUCUCAUCGUUAGACCGAAAGGGAGUUAAAUUAGAACUAAACGGCAAAUUCACAUCAUUUACAUUUGCUGCUGAUGAGUCAUGAAAGGUCAUCCAAUUAUUAUUUAUUAUUAUUAUUAGGUUUUUUUUUUUUUAGGGUCGUGAAAUGUGAGAUAAGCGCAAAAUCCUGGAUGAUAUUACGCUUGAACCUUCAGUAUUCAGGCCUGAAUACCUUGUAGCACACAUCAGGGAUUCUGAGAACUUCCACUGAUCUGAUUCUAACACACACACACACACACACACACACACACACACUUUCCCAAAUCUUCACUGAGUGAACAGAAAAUUUAACCAAGACAAUCAUGCUCGUCAAAUUCUACUGAUGGUUUGUUUAUGCUAGCGCAAUAUGUCAGUCCUUUAUUAAGUUAUAUGGGGGUUCUAUGGAUUUUAAUUGAUUUUUGUUUGUAGACGUCGUCUAAAUUCUGCUUGUCAUUUGGUUUUAUCACCAGACUUUUGAUUCCAAAUAAAGCUUCUUCUGACA